AUGUCCGCCUCCGUAUCUCCCACCAAGUCUAACCCUACCUCUCCCGCCAAAUCGACCGGGAAGCCUGCCUCCUCUGCUGCGGCUAAACCCGCCUCAAAGGCGAGCGGUCCUAAAAGGGCUGUAACUACGAAAAAGGUAUCUGCAACUCGUAAGGCGACGACCAGUAAUAAGCCAAAAGUCGCUGCUACUAAAAGCAAGGCUAUCUCUAACUCUGCCCCUAAACCCUCGUGGAAGGAGAUCAUCAAGGAAUGCAUCCUUCUUCACAAGGACGAGGCCCGCCAGGGUGUCUCUCGUACUACCAUCAAGAAGUAUGCUGAAGAGACCUACAAGCUCGAGAUGAACGCCUCUCAUCUCUCCCAGCUUAACCGCGCCAUUACCAACGGAGCCGAAAGUGGCAUGUUUGUCUUACCCAAGGGUCCAUCAGGAAAAGUGAAGCUUCCACCCAAGACCAGCAAAACUACUGAUGAUUCGAAAGAGAAUGCUAAGCCUCCUUCUAAGACUUCGGGAGCGAAGGCUCCCGCUAAGAAGGCCGCAGUCAAGAAAACAUCUGCACCCGUAUCGAAGAAGGUUGUAACCAAACCUACCACUACCAAGCCCAUUGCGAAGAAAGCAACCGCGAAGCCUGCUGCUAAGAAAGUUCUUGCUGGUAAACCAAAGGCUAUCCCCACCACCAAGAAGACAGCAACUGCUACGAAGCGUGCGUCAGCCAAAAAGGCCGCUACCGGGACCACCGCUGUUUCCAAAGCCAAGGCUGCUGCAAAGAAGCCCGUUGCUAAGAAGGCGGCGACUAUGACGAAGAAACCAACAACUUCCAGGACCCGCACUAGCAAGGCGACCAAGGCUUAA